CAGUGGGAGAGAGACAAAGGCAGCAGACAGUGUCCCCCCUCCUGUUUGAGUGUGUAUCUUCUAUGUGUGUUUGUUAUUAUUGAUGGUUUUACUUCAACGUUGCAGAGCAGGAGAAGCUCCUCAUUAGUGAGUGCCACACACACACACACACACAGAGCAGACACUCUCAACUGAGUGAGGCAAGAGCGAGGCAUCACAUCGUUAUGGACUCACCUACACCGCCAAUUGUCAUCGAGGAUUCAAACGGUUCAGCAAUGGAUGCCUGUUUCACGGCAUUCGACAAGGAUGGCGAUGACCGCCUGAAUCUCACUGAAUUUUCGGUAAUCUGUCGCGCGUUGUUCCGCAACGACAAGGGACACAUAUACGAUGUGCCACCGGAGCGCCUCGAGCAGAUAUUCGCAGUAUUCGAUACGAACGAGGAUGGGUAUAUCGAUAGGGAGGAGUUUAAAUUCUGUUGGAAUCAAUGGAUUAAAACGAUUGUGCGACCGGUGAACGCGUUCCUCAUUGUUGAUGUACAAAAUGAUUUUAUAAGUGGUUCCUUGGAUAUAAGUAAUUGCAGUGCACAGCAGCAAGGACAUGAGAUACUGGAGCCCAUUAACAAACUCUUGGAUACCGUGGACUUUGAUGCCGUUUUCUAUUCAUUGGACUGGCAUCCCAGCGAUCAUGUUUCAUUUAUUGAUAAUGUCAAAAUGCGGGCCAUGGACGAGUCCUCGGCGCUUGAUGCCGAUUCCGCUCAGGUCUUCGAUACGGUCAUCUUUGCCGGUCCUCCACCCAUGAAGCAACGCCUCUGGCCACGCCACUGCGUUCAGGACUCGUGGGGCGCCGAGCUGCACAAGGACCUCAAGGUAGUGGAUCACGGCAUCAAGGUGUACAAGGGCACCAACCCGGAGGUGGACUCGUACUCUGUUUUCUGGGACAACAAGAAACUGUCGGACACCACGCUGAAUGCGCAGCUAAAGAUGAAGGGCGCUACCGAUAUCUAUGUGUGCGGCCUUGCCUAUGAUGUGUGUGUGGGUGCCACCGCUGUGGAUGCCCUUUCGGCUGGCUAUCGCACCGUUUUGAUAGACGAUUGCUGUCGCGGCACAGAUUUCCAUGACAUUGAGCACACCAAGGAGAAGGUGGUCACCAGCGAUGGAGUCAUUGUACACACAGCUGAGGUCAAGGCCAUGGCUGAGGGUCGCGAUCGUCGUCCCGAAUUGGGCUACAAGCUGGCCAUGGAGCUGAAAAGUCCCGAUUCUGUGCUGUCGCAACGCAAUGGCUUUAGACCCACUUAUUGAAUCACCAAGUUAAGGAAUAGAGCAACACGCUUAAGGCUUCUGGCUUGUGGUUUAUGAAUUUAAAAGACAACAAAGUUUAAACGGCUUUCAAUGUAGUUUAGAGCAUAGAGAGUUUCCGAAUAGAAUAUACAAUGUAGAAAAAAAAACAUAAAAUUGGGACAACUCUUUUGGAACAAUUGUUAACCAAAUGCAACAAAUGACAAACAGCAAAAGUGCAAAUAAAACUUCGGACAAACACCAGGAAAUUCAAAUAAAACUGAAUCAAUAAUGAAUUGAUUUAAAGCUUAAGGUUUUAAGUAUUAUUCAUGGAGCAGUCUGUCUAUGUAUGUAGGUCUGUAAUCCCAAGGCACCUUCUAAUACAAUAACACAAUUAAUAAAACACAGUAAAUGUUGUGCCUGCUGCUGCACUUGUUUCAAAUGAAAUUACAAUUAUCAUAGUUGUAGACAUCAUAUUAUAUUUUAAUUUAUAUUUGAAAGGCAAAGAAAAAGAUUUGGUGUGGAAUUAUUGCAUGUACUUAAAGAAUCGAAUAGAAUGGAAAUAAAUGA